AGUAGCCAACUAUCUGAAUCAUCGGAUGUUCCACGGCUAGACUUUUUCCCCUCCACCAUCCUGCACGGUACCUUCGCCUCUUUCUCCUCCGGUCCCUUCUAUCUUCUCCCACGCUGCUCUGAUCUCCGACCUCCUGCCCCGAGCUCCAAUCCGACCGAUCCAAUGCCGCUCUAAAUCCUCUCCUCCACUCCACCACCACCUAGAUCCGCCCGCCCCGAGGCGGCGGAGCUCCGGAGAGCUCGAUGAGCAGCCAGGGAUUCGGCCCCGGGAGCCCCAAGUCCUUCCGCUACCCUAGAGCCGACUACGAUCUCGAGUCCGGGAUCCCCCGCAAGGGCCGCAAGCCCAAGGCCUCGCAUCUCGACGCCCCCGCCCCCCUCGGCUCGGCGCUGAUGAAGAUCCGCUUCUUCUACGAGGCGCACCCCGUCGCGGUCGCCCUCAUCCUGCUGUCCUUCGGGCUGAGCGUUCUGAUCCUCCUGUCCGUGUACGAGACCCGGUUCAGGACGAUGAGGAGCGGCGGCAAUGAGGUCGGGGCGCACCCGCUUCCGGGCCUCCGCAACCUCGUCAUGGUGGCCGGCCAUUCGAUAUACACCAGCGCCAGCUGCGGGAAGAUCGACCGCGAGGAUUCGUGGUUCUUGGAGCCGUACCAGAAGCACCCCGGCCAGGCGGCCACCUUCUUGGCGCACAUCAAGGAGGGGGUGGAGAUCGCGGCGAGGGAUGAGGGCGCGCUCCUCUUGUUUAGCGGUGGGGAGACGAGGAAAGAUGCAGGGCCGAGGAGCGAGGCGCAGAGCUACUGGGCUAUCGCAGAGUCGGAAGGCUGGUUUGGAAAUGAUGAUAGUGUAAGGAACCGGGCACUCACUGAGGAGCAUGCACGAGAUAGUUUUGAGAAUCUCCUAUUUAGCAUUUGCCGUUUCAGAGAACUCACUGGAACAUACCCACAGAAUAUAACUGUUGUAAGCUAUGAUUUUAAGGAGGAAAGGUUUGCACAAUUGCACAGAUCUGCACUUGGGUUCCCAGAAGAAAGGUUCUUCUUCUCAGGUACCCCAGCUACAGCUACAGCAAAGGAGGCAGCUCUGAAAGGUGAAGCCUCUGUCAGGUCUCAGUUCCAAGAAGAUCCAUAUGGAUGUGUUGGUUCUCUUCGUGUAAAGAGGCUCAAGAGAGACCCGUUUCACCGUACCAUUCCCUACCCCAAUGGCUGCCCUGAAUUGAAGGGCCUAUUCUCCUAUUGCGGCAUGGUGCCAUACUCUGGGAACCUUCCUUGGACUCAGUAGCGGAAAAAAGGCAUGAUGUUUGGAUCAAACUUCUACUCUCGCUGUAAAAUCCCAGCAUUCUUGUUUCGCCCCUGUUUCUAAGCUGACAGAAUAGAUAUCCCGAUUCCUGUCUUCUGUGCGAGGGAGAAGAGAAGAUCUAAGCUACACUAGUUAGAUUGUUUUCGUCACGGAAGCUUGCCACAUGCUCCAUAUAGACAGAUUUUCUAUUUCUCACUUCUCCCGGAUCUCCACUGAAAACUGUGAAUUUGUUAGUACACAUGGUCUGUAAACUAGCAGUGGAAGCAAGUGAACUUAUAAUUUGUAAUUCCAGCUUGAACUGCACCAGUAAAAACUGGAAACCUUAUGAACAUGUACCAUGUAAUAUCUUGGUAUUCUUCCAUUGUGAAAAAAAUAGGCUGUUUUCGUUUU